AUGAGUUGUUUUUUUCUAGGGUACAAGCUACGUCAGCAGCUCGGCAAGGCUCUACAAUGUCGUUCGGAUGCCAUCCGUAACGCUAUUAAUCGCUACAACACACAGGCCGCAGCCCUAAAUCCACCGCAUUCCAAGAUCUCUUGGAAAGACAUCGCUGAUUAUGGUUUUGUAGCCGAAUUUGAUCUUCUGCGAUAUUCUCGCAAUGAUAUUCGAAGCAGUGCUUGGUCAAAGCCAAGACAUCGAGAAGCAACCACUAAAUUCUUCAAACUUUGUCGAGCGCGCAAAGAAAUCACUAGACUCAACAUUGAAGUCUGCUGCUUGCGCACCGCCAUUCACGAUGAAGAACAUCAUAUGCUUACCAUCAUACAAAAACUUCUGGUUUCGGAUCUGCACCUAGGCUGUGAGCUGCAACGCCAACACCGUUUGUGUGCAGCUAUCAAUGCAGUGCAUUGCUACCGCUUGAAUCACAUUGAGAGUCUCACAGGUUUUUCUGGAGUCAGGGGUGUUGGUGUCCACGCUGAGCGUGCUGCUAAUGUUGCUGACUGUGAUAUGUUUGAUUGGCAAACUCGGAUGUCAUGCUAA